AUGCCUAGCAUACGGAGAACUCUCACCGCUGCGCUCGUCGCCUUCCCUGUCGCUAUGGGCCACAGCUGGAUCGAGCAAAUGCGCAACAUCAACGACAAGGGUGAAUACGUCGGCCAAUACGGAUACCCCCGAGGAUACGUCGCAAAGACCGACAAUGGCUACAACGGAGAUUCCAUGAACUUUCUAGUUCCUCCUCUGACAGAGGGCGCUUACAUCAGUAAGAAAACGGCGCUAUGUCACCCUUCGCAAAGAAAGCCAGUACAGUCUCAGGAGAAGUACCCUCGUCUUCAAGCGCCACCCGGUGGCUUUGUCGCGCUGCGGUACAUGGAAAAUGGUCACGUCACAGAGCCUGCUAAUCACAUGCCUGGCAAGCCACCUGUCGAGGCGGGUGGCACUAUAUGGGUGUAUGGGACCACUGAACCGAAGGAGGACGAGAAGAUUUCCACAGUCAUGGAGUGGACCAAAGACGGGAGUGGCGGAGACAAGCGUGGCAAGCUGCUUGCCGUGAAUAACUACAACGACGGUCGAUGCUACGAGAUCAACAACACGCCCACAUACAAGGAGCGUUCAAAGGAGUUUCCGGCCUAUGCUUUCGGUCAGGCUGUCGAAGGCCAACCUGGCAACUACGCACAGUUCUGUGAAACAAAUGUCCAGAUCCCGGAGAGCGCUGAGCUAGGCAAGCCAUACACCCUGUACUGGACAUGGCAGUGGAACACUAGGCCUGGUGGCGUGAAGGAGGGCGGUGACGACGGUCUUCCAAAGGGCAAGAACGAGUGGUACACUACUUGCAUGGACGUCGACGUCACAUCCCCGGAUGUUGCCCUGUCCGCCGAUGCUUCGCCCAAGUUCGCUCUUGUCCAGCAAGAUGCAGGCACAGCCGCCGUCUCCGACUUCGCCUCACGGACCGCUAUUCUCACCGACCUUGCCAAGAACGAGUGGGACUUCCCUAUCUUGACCGAGAUUUCACUGCCAGGUGGAGGUUCCGGUUCUGGCUCCGGCUCUGGUGGCGAAGCUCCUUUCCCCACCAACAGCACUCCGCCCGCGGGUCCUACAGCUCCAGUCACCACCAGCGCUGUUCCCGUUCCAAGCGCUGCACCUCCAGCUCCUAGCAGCUCUCUUCAAAUCUCUGCCGUAGUCCCUUCUGCGACCGCCCAGCUGCCAUCUUCCAGCAACUCCGCGGCCUCCAGCGCUACUAUGGAGAUCCCAACACUCUCAGGCCGCCCCGGUGCCGCACCAACACCACCAGCCGGCGACAACGGCGUUGUCACAGUCACUGACACUGUCAUGGUCACAGUCACUGCGCCCGCUCCAACAGCGCCUGUUGCUACUCCGCCCGCUCCCCCAGCAGUCGCUCCUCCAGCUAUCACUCCCCGUGCAAUGCACAGCAUCUACCACAGGAAUAGUGCCAAGUUUAGGGGUUUGUAG